UAAACUGACCAUUGAUCCUAAAAUAAAAAGCCAACAAGAUAAAAAGAAGAAGAAGAAGAAGAAGAAAUUUGAGGUUAUAAAUUUUUUGAUGGUUCACAAAGCUCAUUUUUUCAAUAUUUUAUAAACCCAAUCAUUAAAAAAAUGACUACUUUAAGGCCUUUUACAUGUGAUGAUAUGUACAAGUUUAAUAAUGUGAACUUGGACCCUCUAACAGAAACUUAUGGUUUGUCUUUUUAUAUGCAAUAUUUGGCUCAUUGGCCUGAAUAUUUUCAGGUAGCCGAAUCUCCUAGCGGAGAGAUAAUGGGAUACAUUAUGGGGAAAGCUGAAGGUGUAGGUGAAAACUGGCAUGGUCAUGUCACAGCUCUAACUGUAUCGCCAGAUUACCGUAGACUUGGUUUAGCAGCAACGUUAAUGAAUUUCCUUGAAGAAGUAUCUGAGAAGAAACGCGCUUAUUUCGUUGAUCUUUUUGUCAGAGUCAGCAAUAAUGUAGCAAUUAAAAUGUACACUAACUUAGGUUAUAUAGUGUACCGGACAAUUUUAGAAUACUAUUCAGGAGAUCCAGAUGAAGAUGCUUAUGAUAUGAGGAAGGCUUUAUCAAGAGAUGUAAAUCAAAAAUCCGUAAUACCUCUUGCCCAUCCUGUACGUAUAGAAGAAGUUGAUUGAUAGUGAAGAAUAUCUGGUAUUUUAACACUUCCAAAUGUAUUUUAAGUUAAGUAUAGGUUCUGUUUUUAUUCCAUAUAAAAAACUGAUUUGUUGUGUCCAAUUUACAUUAAAUAAAACAUGUAUAAGUAUAAACCAACUGUUAAAAUUAGUAUGAUAACAUAAAACUAAAAAAUCC